GAUUGCUAGACAAGAGCUGCUGCUGUCUCCCCUCAGUGUCCAGACAGAAGCUUAACCAGACCGUCAGGAUAGGGCAUGAUGUGUUCCCUUGAUCUUUUGUGAACCAUCGCUACCCGGCAACGCAGAGAUCAUGACUCCUCGUGAGGCCUCCCAGGCCUCAUUGGAAUUCGGAGGGCCAUUGGAAAGAUGGGGGCGCGCAGGUGGCAGAAUGUCUGCAGGAACGGAUGGACCGGUGCUGGCAGCUGUACAGAAGGGAGUCUGUGGAAUGGGAGACAGUUGAAAGAGCAGGAGGAUGGUCUUUGGGAGGACUAAGAUGAAAAUCAAGGCGUCACGGUGAUGCUGGUCCUGCUGCCUGCCACCAUGUUCCAUCUGCUCCUGGUGGUCCGAUCCGGCCCGGCGCGACUCCUGGGCCCACCCACUUACCUGCCUGGGCUGGAGGAGCUGUGGAGUCCACAGGCUCUGCUGCUAUUGUUCAUCUGGCUCGGUCUGCAGGUGGCGCUCUACCUGCUGCCUGCACGCAAGGUGGCCGAAGGACUGGAACUAAAGGACAAGAGUCGCCUGCGCUACCCUAUUAAUGGCUUCCAGGCUCUGGUCCUAACAGCCCUGUUGGUGGGGCUAGGGGUGUCAGCUGGGCUGCCCCUGGGUGCACUCUCUGAAAUGCUCCUGCCCUUGGCUUUCGCGACCACUCUCACCAGCUUCAUCUUCAGCCUCCUUCUCUAUGUGAAGGCUUUGGCAGCUCCUGUCUCGGCCCUGGCACCUGGAGGAAACUCAGGAAAUUCCAUUUAUGAUUUCUUUCUGGGACGGGAACUGAACCCUCGCCUUGGUUCCUUUGACUUCAAAUAUUUCUGUGAGCUGAGGCCUGGCCUCAUCGGCUGGGUUUUCAUUAACCUGGCCCUGCUGAUACAGGAGGCAGAGCUGCGGGGGAGUCCUUCACUGGCCAUGUGGCUAGUCAAUGCCUUCCAGUUGCUGUAUGUGGGUGAUGCUCUCUGGUAUGAGGAGUCUGUCCUCACCACCAUGGAUAUAAUACAUGAUGGAUUUGGCUUCAUGCUGGCCUUUGGAGACCUAGCCUGGGUACCCUUCACCUACAGCUUGCAGGCCCAGUUCCUGCUGUACCAUCCACAGCCUCUGGGGUUGCCCAUGGCCUUGCUCAUCUGCCUCAUUAAGGUUAUUGGUUACUACAUCUUCCGCGGGGCUAACUCCCAGAAAAACACAUUCCGGAAGAACCCUUCUGACCCCAGUGUGGCUGGUCUUGAAACCAUCCCUACUGCCACAGGGCGGCAGCUGCUGGUAUCUGGGUGGUGGGGUAUGGUUCGUCACCCCAACUACUUGGGAGACCUCAUCAUGGCUCUGGCCUGGUCCUUGCCCUGUGGGGUGUCCCACCUGCUGCCCUAUUUCUACGUCCUCUACUUUACUGCGCUGCUGGUACACCGGGAGGCCCGAGAUGAGCAGCAGUGCCUCCGCAAGUACGGCCACGCCUGGCAGGAAUACUGCAAGCGUGUGCCUUACCGAAUCAUACCCUAUGUCUACUGAAGCAAUUCCAGCUAACUAGCUCAGGCCUGAACAGAUGUGGAGUGAUGGCCGGCACCCCAUUCUACUUGGCAGGGAUGAUUAGCCUCAGACGAGUCUGAAGCAAGAAGAGGGAACUGGAAAAAAAAAAAAAAGAGGGAA